AAAUAAAAUGCGGUUCAUUAUUUUCAUAUUGUGUUUGCUUCAAUAUCAGGUUCAUGGUCAUGAUUGGUCGAACCGAACCGUACGUGUAGAUCUCAUUGUAAAUCGUAGAGCUCCUCCGAACCAAUAUGAUUUUCGUCUACAAUCGCCGAGAAUUGUUUCUAGCGGAGUCGAUGCCACUACUGGUCAAUAUCCUUGGACUAUACUAAUCAUGUCACGAACUGUUGAACUAUUUGGAAUUACUUGUUCGGGUACAAUCAUCAGUGAUAGCUAUUUUCUUAGUGACUUUGGCUGCGUUGACGAAGGAUGGUGGGGAUCGAUCACCUCGAUAGAGAUGUAUGUUGGAUCAGCUCAAUGGCCAUGGCCCAACAGAGGGGAACCAACAAAUUUCGUACGACAUUAUUGGUACAUCGAAGCGUCGCCCGAAAAUAGUCCUGCAAUUGUUUUGUGUAGAAUUCAUGAGCCAUUGACAUUUAAUCCGAAUGUUCAACCCAUCCGUUUGCCGUAUGCUGCAAACGCUAAUUUCUCAUAUGAGGCAUGGUCGUCCAUAAUACUCGGAUACCGACUCGCAGCCCCCGAUCAGUUGCAAUUCGUACCGAGCAACUUGUUCAACAACAACCAAUGCGAGUUCGAAAUACGUUUCGGUCAAGAUCGUGGUAUCAUUGGUGAUCAUGAAUUAUGCGGUACUAUCAAUAAUCAAGUCGGAUUAGGUGCAACACGCCAUUUUGGCAUUGCAGGUGGAGCUUGGAUGGUAUAUGAAUACGCGACAGACCUUGAUCUUCACCCAGUUGUCAUUGGGAUUUAUCAGUACCAGAUUUCGAAUGGAACUGCGACAUACGGAGUGGGGACCAGAGUCUCUCAUUUCUUAGAUUGGAUUGACACACUCUCCGGUGGAUUGUUCAAAUAGAAUUUUUUUGCAUUACAUUGUAAGGUUUUUCUUAAAUAAAAGCAAUGGUAUUGUGUCACCAAUA